AUGGCUCUGGAUAGCUUAGUCUCAAAUUUCUUCUGGAGUAACUCAGAUGGAUCUGGAAAAAUUCACUGGGCUGCAUGGAAAAACUAUCGAAAUCUAAAAACAAGGGAGGUUGGGACGGGUCACUAUAUUGAUGUUUUCAAGGAUCCCUGGGUUCCUGCUGCUAAGCAGUUUCGAAUACCUGUCAAUAAUGAUAUCUCAGUUAACCAAGAUAUGGUUGUGGCUGAUCUUGUUCAAGAAAGGAGCUGGAACCUGCAACCCAUUAACCGAAAGAUUGACAAGCUGUAUUUGGACUUAAUAAGUAAAAUCCCCCUUACAUCUUCUCCUCGAGCUGAUAAGUUGAUGUGGGCUCCUGCUAGAGAUGGAACCUAUAGUGUUAAAGCUGGUUAUAGAGCGAAAACUUCUGCUAUUGAAGGCAGAACUGGGGUAACUCGUGCCUCUCCAUCAAAGAAAGUGGAUACUAGAAUUUGGAGAAGAUGUGCUUCAAACCCAGUCUGUCCUGUCUGUGGUGAUGAAACUGAAUCCCUUGAACACUUGUUUCUGCUUUGUAAUUGGGUUAAAGUUGCUUGGUUUGGCUAUUCUAUGGGCAUUUACAUAUCUCCCAGAAAUAUCAAGAACUUGGGGUUUUGGCUAGAAGAAUUUCAGCUGCUUAAUGAUUCUGACUUUGAUUACAGUAAAGCUUAUGUUGCCUCUAUGCUAUGGGCUAUCUGGAAGCUGAGAUGUCGAAUGACGUUUGAACAAGUGGAACCGAGUCCUUCAGAAGCCAUGGAGAUGACUAAUAGAGCCAUGAAAGAGUAUUGGGAAGUGAACUCUCUAUUUCCUAAGGCACCCACCUUUGCAGAACCCGAAGCUAGCUAUAAGUGGAGGAAACUACAAAGCCAUACUCUUAAACUAAACUGUGAUGAUGCUUUUUGUAAGAAGAAUGGAAAAGGUGGUAUUGGCAUUGUAUGUAGAGACUCAGAGGGGUUGUUUAUCAAAGGCUGGGCAGAACAAGUGAGUGCAUACUCUGCCUUCCACACGGAGAUGCUUGCUAUAUGUAAGGCUGUCCAAUUAGUUGAAGAAUGGGGCAUGCAAUCUGUAAUCAUUGAAAUGGAUUGUCAAGACCUGUAUAAAGCCGUGACUCAAUGCUCUUUCCGACAUUGCCCAUGGAGUCUUCAUGGCUUGUUGAUAGAAAUCACUGACCCAGUGCAAAAUCGAAGCUUGGUCUCCUUUUCUCUCAUUCCUCGUGAGGGUAACUCUACAGCUGACCGUUUGGCUGCUCUAGCUUAA